GCCAUGUCUUCUAAAGGUACCGAGCAGGAUAUAUAUCACCUUGCUCAUGCAGGAUAUGCACACAAAUUGAAUGAAUAUUUGUCGAAAACUGCGAAUAAAGUAAACAUCAACGAAUUCUCAAAGGAUGGAGCGACACCUCUGAUUUUGAGCGUACAAGGGUCUCGAGUCGACCCGGCAGCUCAGGGGACGAGCCACAUCGAGUGUUGUGAACUUCUCAUAAGUCAUGGGGCUAAUCCUAAUUUAUCGGAUAAAUUAGGAAGGACUGCGCUUCAUUGGGCCGUAUUCUAUAAGAAGUCAGAGUUUGUCAAAGUUUUAUUGAAAGGAGAAGGUGAUGUCACUAAAGAAGACAAAAAGGGACAGAAUGUCAUGCAGUUUGCAAUAAGAAUGAAUGCUGCAAAGUGUUUACAACUUAUUUGUGAAACUUUGAAAGAUGCUUCAGCUGCAAAGAUUUUAUCAAAGCCAAGUGCAUCUGUUGGUACCCCACUCAUCCAAGCCACCAAACUAGGUCAUCAGGAAUGUUGUCAGAUCUUACUACAGGCUGGAGCUAAUAUAGACAUUCAGGAUCAGGCCUACUUUGAUAAGACAGCUCUCCUUAUUGCUACUGAACUCAACAAUGCAGACAUUGUAGAAAUGCUCAUCAAAUAUGAUGCCAAUAUCCAAGCUGAAGAUUCGCAGGGAAACACUUGCCUGCACCUGUCCUGUUCCCUUACCAACCCCAGAUGUCUGGAGCUAAUCCUGGAGGGGUGUAAGAAGGCUACCGACCUGGUAGGAAAGAGGAACAAGGCGGGGCUGACACCACUCAUGAUAGCUUGUCAGCAAGGUCUGGAGAAACAUGUGGAAUUUCUUCUCAAAUAUGAAUCACCAGUUGGAGAACAGGAUGAGCAAGGCAAGACUGCUCUACACUAUGCUACCGAGAAAGGUCUAAGGUCAUCGGCAGAGCUCCUUCUAGCAGCAGACUCUGGUCUUCCAUGGACUCAGGACUCAGAAGGCCGUACACCCCUUCAUCUGGCUGUCAUAGAGGGCAAGAAGAACCUUGUGGAGUUCUUGAUUGGAAAGAGUGGUGUGAAUGCACAGGAUAAUCAGGGGCAUACUCCCAUUCAUUGGGCUGUGGUUUGUGGUGUCCAUGACCUCAUUGAUACCCUGGUCGAUCAUGGAGCCGAUCCAUCCCUGAUCGAUGACCACGGUGCUAGCCCCAUACAUUAUGCUGCUCAGAUGUGCGGUGAUCCAGCCGUGUCAGAGAUUGGUAUUCUAUGUCUUAAGGCCUUAAUCAAGCGAGGGGCCAAGGUGAAUGCCAUAGAUACGGGUCAUAAGACCCCUCUCCUAUGGGCAUCUAGUGCAGGGAGUAGUGAGGCAUGUAAGCUACUCAAGGAAGCAGGAGCUGAUGUUACAUUGGCUGAUCUAGAUGGACUUACAGCUCUUCACUGUGCAGUGACGUGUGACCAUCCAACCUGUGUAGAGACACUCCUUAAAGAAUGUGAUGCAGUUGUAGACACACCAGAUAAGAAUGGCUGCACACCCCUCUUCUAUGCAGCUUCCAUGGACCAUGUUGGUAAUGUCCAAACAUUACUGGAGAGCGGGGCUUCCCCUAACUACACUGAUAAUAAGGGAAAGAGCCCAAUGCACUGUGCUGCAGGCUCUGCCUCUCUGGAUGCUAUACGGCUCCUACAGGAGCAUAAUGGCUCCAUGAACCAAGCUGGAGAUGAAGGAGAAACUCCCUUUCAUGAGGCCAUUCAAAAGGGGGAUCUGGACAUGAUCAAGUUCAUGAUUGAGAAAGGAUGCAAGCCAGAUACUCCUGAUAAGAAUGGUCGUACACCACUCCACAUAGCAGCAGGGAAUGCCAAUGUGGACUUGUGUAGAUACCUGGUGGAGCUGAAAGCAAACAUUGAUGCUGGAUACAGAAGUGAUAAUGGCUUAAGAAUGACUGCCCUAGACUGUGCCUGGGACAGCGGUGCAGUGUCCUGUAUGGACUACCUUGCAUCCAUCGGAGCAAAGAGAGGUAGAGAGCUUGAUAAUAAAAAGGCCAUUAAACCAACCAGCAACUCACUGCAUCCUACACAGCCUAGCAAUAAGACCAAACAGGACAAGUCCAGCGUUAGUGGACCAAAGACUGUGAAUCGACCCACCAGCAGAGAUGAGAAACCAGGCAAAGAGGGCGCUAGAGACCGGACAGGAGGUGAUAGUUUGACGUCUCCAAGGAACGAGUCGUCCAUCAUUGAGAAGAGUCCAUACAUGAAGGCUCCUCAUUCUAGCUAUGAUCAUGCAGAGAAGAGGAAUGAAGUAGAACAAAGAGAAGCAGAAGAGAGGAAGAGUCUGAGGUCCACAUCAGUGGAAAAGAAAAUGGUUGAUUGGGAGAGCUACAUCAAAGAACAUGUCAACUUUUUGGAUGACUUGCUGGAAGUGAAACACGAGAGGCUUAAAACCGUUCAAUCUCAUGCCAUAGAGGAGAAGGAAUCUCUUGUGAAGAAACUAGAAGAGAUCAGAGAAGAGAUGGAGAAGAGGGUGGAGAAGAAAAAUUCAGAAGCUGAGAAGCUUAGGGAAGAGAAGAGAGAACAGCAUGCAGAGGAGAAGAGACUUAUGGAUGAACGAUGGAAGAAAAUACAACAACAUUAUUCAAACAUUGAUAACAAAGUGGGUCAUCAAAUGACGAUCCAUCGCCAAGCCACACAGUCAAUGGACAGUAAAAUGGCUAAGAUAGAGCAGAAGAGAGUAAGGAGAGAAAAGACUGAUAUGGAAUUAGCCCAAAGGAGAUCACGUUCCAGGAAUUCUAACCCUGAAGAUAAUUUAAGAAUUCAGAAGCAUGUGGACUGGUUAAAACAAAAGAACAAGGACUACUUUGAGAAGAAGAAUGCUGUAAAAGUACAAGGACACAUCAAAGUUGACAGUGCAGUUCUCAAUGCUCACCUCAAAAGAACCUCCAGUCCUAAGUGUCCCAAGUCUCCAGUGCCAUCUCGAGUAGAUCAUUCUCAUAGGAGAAGGUCCCCUUCACCACCUCAUGAUCGCUUACAGUAUCAACGUCAGGAGCUGGAGAAGCAGAAAAGACUACUGCAGGAGCAUCGAGCCAAGCAGAGACCAAGAACUGUCUCUAGUAGGAGGAGUGCAUCCUCACCAUCGUCGACCAAACAGUCUUCAUCAUCACCUCAUCCUCCUACAAGCUCCUCAAAGGGACCAAGGAGGCAGGAUGGAGGCGGUGCUGAAGGGAAAGAGAGCAGGAAGCCUUCCGGUCCUGAUGCAAUAGGUCCAACCAGUCAUCACCUAGCCCAACUCAGGCGUAGCCAUGGAGACGGCCUCAACAAAAAGCUCUGGCCAAAGUCAUGGGAACUUCAUGAUAAAAGGGGCAAGCCAAACGAUGACGCAGAAGAGAUAUUCGAUCUCAAAAAACACUUCUCACCCAGAUGGGAUGGACAGCUAAGACCCAGACAUCUCCUCCAAUUCAGAUCAGUAGGGGCCUCCAGACAAGAAGGGCAGACAGAAGCAUGAUCAAAAGAGAUAGAGAAAAGACAAUCAAUCAAACAGUAAUGGCAGCAAAGAGAAACAUAAAAUGUUGUACAUCCCGACAUCUUAGCACAAGCAAGAUAACACUGUUUUGCAGCUUUUUGAUUAAAGGAAAAAAAUCACUAUGGAUACCAUCAAGUGCACUGGCCAGCAACCUUCAUCCCCACCCACAGAGAGAAGGGGGGUGUGUGUUCAUGCAUUCACACCCACCAGGAGUAGAUCCAGAGGAGCCAUAAACAUUCAGUCAGAAAUUUAAUCAAAAUUUCAAUAAAACUUGAGCCCUUUAUCUGCACCCCCAGGAUCCAGGAUUUCAAAAUUCAGUAGAAGAAAACAAAAGAAGAUAUAACUGAAUUAUGAGCUAGAUUUAACCCAUCAAAAAUAUCAAGUGAAAAAUAUAGCCUGUUAUAACUUAUGAUGUGGAUGAAACUCUGUUGCCCAAAACUUAAUUCAUUUUCUUUCUUUUAGUCUGGUUUAUCUAUGUAUCCUUUAAUCAGUGUUAAAUAGUAUUACAUGCCAAAUUUAUCCUGCUUCAGACUUAUUACACCUUGCCUUUUUUUUUAUACAAUCUUGAUAUAUAACUAUGCUUUAUUUAUCUUUUUUGUAUGAUUUUGCAUAGAGUCAUUAAUGCAACUGAUAUACACCUUCUAGGAAAAUUGUUUAUAUGUACAUUUAAUUCACUAUUUUUGGAUUUUGCAUUAAUCAGUAUUGGAUUCGAUAUUUUCUAGAUACAUGCCUCAAGUCAGAGAAAAUUUGUUUUUCAAACUCAGCAAGACUCUUUUUUUUUUAUGUCAAAAGUUUAUAUAUCUUGGCUGAAUUAUGUUCACCUGAAAUCAGGUUCAAUGUAUUAGAACCUUGUGCCUAGCAAUUUAGUAUUAUACAUGCUGAAUGUAAUCUCUGUAAAUGAAAGUUACGUUUAAAAUACUCUAUGAAAAGUAGUGUUUUAUUAUCUAUGAUAUAUCAUAGCCUUUGUUUACUUUAAUUUAGCUCUGUGUAUUAUUUAUUAAAUUUCAAGUGUCUGGUGAAUGCCACAACACAUACCAUUUACAAAAUAUUAUUUUACAUUUAUUGGGACUGCUUUAAGGGUGAACAAUUUUAUAAAAAGUAUAUGACAAGGCUGUUAUUUCUACCCAAAUUAUCCACCCACUUUCUGGUUGAAAAGUUGAGUUAUCUUUUACUCUCUUAAAUUAUUUUUAAAAUAUUUUUUUAAUGUAUUCUUUGUUUAUAUAUUACUUCUUGUCAUAAAGUGAGUCUACUAUUAUGUGAAUAAAUUAAUUCAUGAUUAAGACACAUAACCAAUGUAUUAUUAAUUCCGUCCCACCUUUUGGUAUUGUUUAUAUGUUUACUGCAACACAGCAUAAUGCUGUGUAUAUAGCCGGUAUAUCAUACAAAUGACAAUCAUGUACAUGUAAUUUGUAUAGUGGACAAAUAUAUUUAAUUUUAAUUUAUUUUUGAGGCUGAUUUGCAAUGUAGCAAUACAACUAAAAACCUUGAACCUGGGUAUGUACAGGUAUAUAAUACAUAAUUAUGAGCUUUCUCUUUGUUGAUAUAAAUUUGCAUACAUGAGCUAUAGUAUUCUUCA